GUAUGUGACUUCGGUGUUAGUGGGCAACUGGUAAACUCGAUAGCGAACACAUUUGUGGGAACACGCAGCUACAUGGCACCGGAACGGCUAUUGGGAGGGCCCUACGCAGUACAGUCAGACAUCUGGUCACUAGGCCUGUCAAUCAUGGAGAUGGCUAUCGGUAGGUAA